UUAUACACUUAUACGUUCUCCCCACCAAAAAUCAGUUAUUCUUCUGCACAUUUCGUCCGUUUCAUCUCUCUCAAUCAAUUUUCUCUCUCCUCUCUCAAAUCUGUCACACUCUUCCUGUGUGAGAGAGGGGGGAAGUUCUAUUAUUCUUCCCCUUUAACUUCCUUAUUAAAUAAGAUUAAAUUAAAUAGGAUUAACUCAAAAUAAUUAAGUUUUUUUCAUAAAUUUAAAGUGGGGGUUUUGCUUUUAGAAGAGGAGGAAUAAUUUUCUUUGCCUUGAUUGAGCAUUUAAGGCAAUCCAAACAUGCCCUUGUGAACAAAGAUUCUAUCUUUGUCUGCCUUACUAUAUACUCUACAGUCUAGAUCAUUCUUCUGGGAAUUUCUUUUUAAUUUUGGGGAUUUUGAGGUCAAUAUUUCAGGGGAAUUCACCCACAAAUUCAGUUAUCGUGGGUGAUAUUUUCUAAAACACGCAGAGGAACAUUUGUAGGAAGUGUCGAACGUUUGAAGGAAAAGAAUGGCUUCUGUUCGUGAUAUAGGAGUUUCUGCUGGUUUCAAUCUAUUAAGUGCAUUUGUGUUCUUGUUGGCAUUCGCACUUUUGAGGAUUCAACCUUUCAACGAUAGAGUUUACUUUCCAAAAUGGUACCUCAGGGGUUUAAGAAGCAGCCCGCUUCACACAGGAGCUUUUGUGAGCAAAUUUGUCAACUUGGAUUUCAAGUCAUACUUGAAUUUCUUAAAUUGGAUGCCAGAUGCCAUCAAGAUGCCUGAAUCCGAGCUCAUUGAGCAUGCUGGGUUGGAUUCGGUGGUUUACUUGCGGAUUUAUUUGAUAGGACUGAAGAUUUUUGUCCCUGUUGCUGUGCUUUCUAUGGUGGUUUUGUUUCCUGUCAAUUAUACAAAUGAUACGUUAGUAUUAUCCAAAGCAGUUUUCAGCGGCAUUGAUAAGCUGUCAGUUUCAAAUAUACCGCUUAAAUCACCAAGGUUUUGGGCUCAUAUAUUGGUGCAAUAUGCCGUUACUUUUUGGUCAUGCUAUGUUCUGUUUAAGGAGUAUGCAAGGGUUACAGCAAUGCGGCUGCAAUUUAUGGCAUCAGAAAGACGUCGUCCUGAUCAAUUUACUGUCCUUGCACGAAAUAUUCCCCCAGAUGCUGAUGAAUCAAUUAGUGAGCUUGUGGAGCACUUUUUCCUAGUCAAUCACCCCGAUCAUUAUCUCACACAUCAGGUGGUUCAUAAUGCAAAUAAGCUGUCAGAUUUGGUUGAAGAGAAGAAAAAGAAGCAAAAUUCGUUGGUUUACUACGAACUGAAGUUUUCUAGAAACCAAAAUCAACGGCCCACGACGAAGACUGGAUUUCUUGGCCUAUGUGGACAACGAGUUGAUGCCAUAGAAUAUUAUACUGCUGAAAUUGAGAGACUAAACAAAGAAAUUGCUGAAGAAAGAGAGAGAGCUGAACACGAUCCAAAGUCUAUCAUGCCAGCUGCUUUUGUCUCCUUUAAGACUCGAUGGGGUGCUGCUGUUUGUGCACAGACGCAUCAAACCAGAAAUCCAACAAUUUGGUUGACUGAUUGGGCCCCAGAGCCACGCGAUGUGUACUGGCCCAACCUAGCUAUUCCGUACGUUCAUCUCAGCGUCCGAAGGCUGAUGAUGUCUGUUGCGUUUUUCUUUCUGACAUUUUUCUUCAUGGUUCCAAUUGCCAUAGUACAAUCACUGGCAAGCAUUGAGGGGAUUCAGAAAUAUGCUCCAUUUUUAAACUUUAUUGUAGAGAACCCUUUUAUUAAGGCAUUCCUUUCAGGCUUCCUACCUGGACUUGUUUUGAAGCUUUUCCUGAUCUUCCUGCCAGCAAUAUUAAUGAUGAUGUCCAAAUUUGAAGGCUAUGAAGCAUUGUCAAUUCUAGAACGAAGAUCAGCUUCAAGAUAUUAUAUGUUCAAUUUUGUCAAUGUUUUCCUUGUUAGUGUUGUAGCUGGGUCGGCAAUGACGCAACUUGAUACAUUCCUUAAAUCGCCACCAAACAAGAUCUUUGAGAUAAUUGGUAUAGCAAUUCCGUUGAAAGCAACUUUCUUUAUAACUUACGUUAUGAUUGAUGGAUGGGCUGGUGUUGCUGGUGAGAUCCUGAGAUUGAAACCUUUGAUUAUAUACCACUUGAAGAAUUGGUUUAUGGUGAAAACUGAGAAGGACAGGGAAGAAGCCAUGGAUGCAGGAAGCAUCGGGUUUAACACGGGAGAACCUCAAAUACAAUUAUACAUAUUGUUGGCCUUUGUUUAUGCUGUCGUUACUCCAAUUAUACUUCCUUUCAUUUUGGUCUUCUUCGGCUUCUCUUAUCUUGUCUACAGACAUCAGAUCAUAAACGUUUACAACCAAGAGUAUGAAAGUGCUGCUGCAUUCUGGCCUGCUGUCCAUGGAAGAAUUGUUACAGCAAUGGUUUUCUCUCAGUUGCUUCUGAUGGGAUUGAUGAGCACAAAGGAAGCUGCUUCAUCAACACCGUUUCUCAUUAUACUUCCAAUUAUUACUAUAUGGUUUCAUAAGUUCUGCAAGGGUCGAUUUGAGCCUGCAUUCAAGACUUAUCCUCUACAGGAAGCAAUGAUGAAAGACACUCUAGAACGUGCAAGGGAUCCGAACUUCAACUUGAAAGGAUACCUUCAGAGUGCGUACAUACAUCCCGUGUUUAAAGAUGAUGAUGAAGAUGACAACGAUGUGCAGAACAAGUUGGAGAUGGAAACGGAGCUUGUUCCAACUAGACGCCAGUCAAGAAGAAACACUCCAGUGCCAAGCAAAAUGAGCUACGCGUCUUCACCUUCUCCAUCAUCUAAACAUAUGGACCUAUGAAUUAAGAUUGCAAAAAUUGAAUCAUAGCAUUUUAGGGAAAUUAAUUUGUGCAGGCAAAUAGCAGGUCUAUAUAUGUCUCUUUAAAGAGAGAAUGUAGUAUGAUAGAUCAAUGUUUAUGGUUCUAUAUCGUUGUUACUUGUUCCCUCGUGUAUAAAGCACCGACUUUUUUUUGCAUGUAAAUUGUUUUCAGGUGUUUUAUUCUAUGAAUGUCAAAGGCUCAAAGCCUACUUCUUAAUUCAACCUGGUAUUUUUGUA